UUCUGCCCAACUCGCAUCACAAACACCACGCACACGCGCACACAAACACUUAAUACCCACACUCUCUGCUCGCAAGCCCUAGUAUCAUUAUUGUUUACAACGACAUUCUUGUCUUUUUGGCACUAUGUCUGAUUCCAAGAUUUUCUCUCUCGAGGGCAAGGGCCUCAAGCUCGACACGGCCGAGGACAUCGAGCCGCAUAUCAAGGACCUGAAGGAAAAUGCUGAUGUGGAGGAGGUGCGGCUGCUGGGUAACACGCUGGGGAUAGGCGCGUCUGAGGCGCUGUCCAAAGUCCUCGAAACCAAGAAGAAACUUCAGGUCGCAAACUUCGCCGACAUCUUUACCUCCCGUCUCCUCUCGGAAAUCCCUCCCGCUCUCCACAGCCUCCUCACCUCUCUGCUCGCCCUUCCAAACCUCCACACCGUCAACCUCUCCGAUAACGCAUUCGGCCUGAACACCCAAGCCCCCCUCGUCGACUUCCUCUCCCAGCACGUCCCCCUCCGCCACCUAAUCCUAAACAACAACGGUCUUGGCCCCGCUGCCGGCGUGCUUGUUGCAGAUGCCCUCACUGCCCUCGCCGAGAAGAAAGAAGCCGCCAGAAAAGAAGGAAAACAGGUCCCAGACCUCGAGACCGUCAUCUGUGGUCGCAACCGUCUCGAAAAUGGCAGCAUGGCAGCAUGGGCGAAAGCUUAUGCUAUGCACAAAGGCGUACGCGAGGUCAAGAUGGUGCAGAACGGUAUUCGACAAGAAGGGAUCACCCACCUCCUCACGCACGGCUUGUCUAAUGCUUCGAAACUCAACGUCCUGGAUUUGCAAGACAACACCUUCACAGCAACGGGCGCAAAGGCGCUUAGCAAUGUCGUCGGAGGCUGGACUGAACUGAAAGAGUUGGGUGUUGGUGAUUGCUUACUCAGCGGACGAGGGGGAGUUGCGCUAGCAACCGCGCUUCAACAGGGGAAGAAUGCAAAGCUAGAGGUUCUGAGGCUGCAGUACAAUGACAUUAAUGCCAAGGGUGUCAAAGGCCUUGUUGAUGCGCACGAGAAGCUGCCAGCCCUCCGCCGCGUCGAACUGAACGGCAACAAAUUCGACGAGGAGGACGAGAGCAUCCAGAAGCUUCGCGAAGUUCUCGAUGAGCGGAAGGAGGCUGCCGAUGGUGUUGGCGAGGACAACGAGGAGUACUGGGGUGUUGAUGAUCUUGAUGAACUGGAAGAGGAGAGUGAGGAAGAAGAAGAGGAUGAAGCCACGAAGCUCAGUGAGGAAGAGGAAGAGGGUGUCGAAGUCGAGGAGAAGGCAGCAAGGGAGAUUAUUGCGGCAGAGCAGGCGGAGGAGGAGAAUGUGCCAUUGGGGCAGGACAAGAAGGUCGAUGAACUGGCGAAUGCCCUUGCUAAGACUGAGAUCAAAUGAUUUGACAGUCCUAGACUUUCGCUUUGGGGAAGGGUCGGCUAUGUAAUAGUCUUGGUGCUUGCUUGGUUGCCUGAUGGCCUUGGAAUGUUUCGUGGCGUCAGCAAGGGGAUUUGUGCAUACUUCAGGGGUUGAUACCAUAGAGUGAUCCAUAUGAUUAGCAACAUGCAAGAGGUCAUAGCAAAAUCUAAAUAGAAC